GUGUCAACUCUGAGAAAAGCAGAUAGAGACGAGACGAGGUGGUGUCGAGUUGGCGAGCCACCAAACUGUGACCUCUUUCUUUGUCGCCAACAAAACUACGGUAGCGUAGGGAUCGCAGGUGUUACUUCCGCCAGCCAUGGCGGAGCGCCAAUCAUCGAUCACCAAAUUAUCGCGCUCCUUUACUCACCCUUAGAUUCGAUCUGUUUCUCUCUCUCUCUCUCUCUCUCUCUCUCUCUCUCUUCACGCGCUUCUAAACCGAUUCCUCUCCUUGCGAUUCGGUUUUGCCAAAUCAAGCCCUAAAUUUCGGUCGAUUUUUUGUGAUCUGAUCUGAGCUGAGGAAAACUAACCGUGCACACAGUUGGAUGGCUACGGCGAAGUCGACUCGGUCAAGGGGACUGACUGGCACGCCAGCUAAGGUCAAUCCCAAGGACUCCGGCGCCAAGCUCGAGGACAAUCUCAACGUUUUCAAGUCCGAUAAUUUCGACGCCGAUGGCUAUGUCCAGUCCAAGUGCAACUCCUUGAACGAGAAGGAGAUAAGGCAAUUAUGCUCAAAUCUUCUGGAUUUGAAGAAAGCUUCAGCUGAGGAAAUGCGUAGAAGUGUCUAUGCUAACUAUACAGCCUUCAUACGCACAUCAAAAGAGAUAUCAGAUUUAGAGGGGGAGCUUUCGUCAAUCAGAAAUCUGCUAUCUACUCAGGCCACUUUAAUUCAUGGUCUAGCUGAGGGAGUUCAAAUUGAUUCAUUAUCCCUUACCAUUCCUGAUGGGUCUACUGGAAAUGGAUUAUCUACUUAUGAAGACAAAGAACCUUCAGACCUUGAGAAACGGUUAACAGAGUUCCCUGAUCUCCUUGACGUUUUGUUAGCUGAGAGGAGGGUGGAGGAAGCUUUGGAAACUUUCGAUGAAGGAGAAUGUGUAGUUUCUGAAGCAAAAGAAAAGAAGACAUUAAUUCCAACUGUACUUUUGUCACUACAGACUGCUAUUACUGAACGUAGGCAAAAAUUAGCUGAUCAGCUUGCUGAAGCUGCUUGUCAACCUUCUACCCGUGGCAAUGAGCUUCGUGCAGCUAUUUCAGCUCUUAAAAAGCUUGGGGAUGGCCCCCGUGCGCAUAGUCUGCUUCUCAAUGCACAUUACCAAAGAUAUCAAUAUAACAUGCAGAGUCUUCGUCCAUCAAGCACCUCAUAUGGAGGGGCGUAUACCGCAGCUCUCUCACAGCUAGUGUUCUCUGCCAUUUCUCAAGCUGCUAGUGAUUCUUUGGCUAUCUUUGGUAAGGAGCGAGCUUACACUUCUGAGCUUGUAAUGUGGGCUACAAAGCAAACCGAGGCUUUUGCACUCCUUGUGAAAAGACAUGCAUUAGCUUCUUCUGCAGCCGCUGGAGGUUUAAGGGCUGCAGCAGAGUGUGUGCAAAUAGCUUUAGGUCAUUGUUCCUUGCUGGAAGCUCGUGGCUUGGCACUUUGUCCUGUGCUGCUGAAGCUCUUUAGACCUAGUGUUGAACAAGCAUUAGAUGCCAAUUUAAAGCGCAUUGAAGAGAGUACUGCUGCCCUGGCUGCCGCUGAUGAUUGGGAACUUGCAUAUUCUCCAGCUGUUACGCGUCAAUCUGGCAGAUCUUCAACUACAUCUCUUGCUUCUACCACUACAUAUCAGCACAAACUUUCUAGUAGUGCUCAUCGGUUCAACCUGAUGGUUCAGGAUUUCUUUGAGGAUGUGGGACCACUUCUUAGUAUGCAAUUGGGAGGUAAAUCUUUGGAAGGUUUGUUCCAGAUAUUUAGUUCAUACGUUAACAUGCUCAUAAAAGCAUUACCUGGCUCCAUGGAAGAAGAAGCAAACUAUGAAGGUUCUGGAAACAAAAUUGUUCGAAUGGCUGAGACCGAGUCCCAACAAAUUGCAUUGCUUGCAAAUGCCUCCUUAUUGGCAGAUGAUCUUUUACCACGUGCAGCCAUGAAGCUCGCCCCAGUUAAUCAGUCUAAUUACAACGAUGACCUUCGCAGAAGGCCUGCAGAUAGGCAAAACCGUUAUCCUGAGCAAAGGGAAUGGAAGAGACGUCUUGUGAGCUCGGUUGAUAGAUUGAAGGAUAGCUUUUGCAGACAACAUGCUCUCGAUCUUAUUUUCACCGAGGAUGGUGAUAGUUAUCUUAGUGCAGACAUGUACAUAAAUAUGGAUGGAAAUGCUGAUGAAAUGGAAUGGUUGCCUUCUCCAAUAUUCCAGGACCUUUAUACUAAACUUAACAGAGUUGCUAGCAUAGCAUCAGAAAUGUUUGUCGGUAGGGAAAGAUUCGCAACAUUGUUAUUGAUGAGACUUACAGAAACUGUCAUCUUAUGGCUUUCUGAAGAUCAAACUUUUUGGGAAGAUAUUGAGGAAGGACCAAGGCCUUUAGGUCCUCUUGGUCUUCAACAGUUCUAUUUGGAUAUGAAGUUUGUUGUCUGCUUUGCUUCCCAAGGGCGUUACUUAUCUCGGAAUUUGCACCGAGUUGUCAAUGAUAUCAUAUCUAAAGCAAUGGCAGCAUUUUCUGCAACAGGGAUGGAUCCAAACAGUGUACUUCCGGAAGAUGACUGGUUUACUGAUGUUUGCCAAGAUGCAAUGGAGAGAUUGAGUGGAAAAUCUAAAGUUGCCAAUGGGGAUCGGGACCUUAGCAGUCCAACGGCUUCUGUCUCAGCACAAUCAAUUUCUUCCAACAGAUCUCAUGGGAGUUCGUAAUGCACAAGUGUUUCCCCGUGUAAAAUAGACAACAUCAACUGUCCCUCAUGGAUUCACCAGCAGUCCUUGUAUUCAUAGGCUUCCUUUUUUGCUUCUUUUUUUUCCCUUAUUCCUUUUAAUUUUCCGUGAUUUCAUUUAAUACAUGAUUCUACCAUUCUAUCUCUUGGUGUUUGUAUUGUCAUAAGAUUAGGAAUUCUUUUUGAUAUUCCUGUUGUGAGAGCAUUUUACUGUGUAAUGUAGAUUGAGCAUCUCUUGGCCUUGAAUCCAAAUUGGUUAUAUUCUUUGA